AUGGAGCCCAGCGGUAUGGCUCAUUUCAAUUUCCCCAACUCUGUCUCUCCAGAGAGGAUGUUGGCAGACCAGCCAAAAGCCCUCACUCCUCUUUAUGGCGAUUCAAAUGUAUGGAGUAAUAAGCUCGAUUUGUUCGGCAGAGCGUCUGCUUGUCAGGAACAGGAACAGGGUACGAACUCCGGCGAACAUGUGCCUUGUUCGACAGAUGAAGAUACCUCUAUGCGUCGCUCGUGCGGAUCCUGUCAUAUCCUCGAGUUCUCAGAUACCGCUAUGCCUUCGCCUUUGCAUUCGGACUCGACAUCUGCUCCCACUACCACGCAAGAUGGUAAACCAGGUGAUGGAUCGUCUGGGCUGAACUUGGAGUCUUAUAUACCAGUCGGUGUGUUGAGGAAACGGAAUAUGUUCGAUACCACCAACAUCCCAAAAAACAUCGAUGAAUUCCCCUCGCCAGCGAUCGCAAACUUGGAGAAACACAAUUGGAUCCGAACAUGCACCUUUCCCUACAAAAACCAUCCGCAAUGGAGCUACGUAUGCAUAUACGUUCUACCAGAUGAUGUGGGCCGCAAGUCCAUUCCGCGCUCGAGCAUGGCAUUACGGCGCGCGCUCAAGACCGUGAUGGCGAGGGUGGACCGAUCACGUGAAGCAUGGGAGGGAAAGUUUCCCGAGGAUCAGAAUGAGAUUGUUAUCAAUGAGAAACAGAAGAGUGAAGAGGAUGAAUCAAUGUGGUAUAUUUUCAAUACGUUGCAGGAUCCUGUGCCUCAGGUGGAGACGAUGCAAGACCUGUAUGCAAGGCAGGCGAUGGAAGAGCUGCUUUCAACAGCUACUGGUGCUGGUGAGAGUGACUCGGGGGUAGGUGGUCUCAAGACUGCGCUGUAUCCUUAUCAACGGCGCUCGGCAGCAAUGAUGGUUCAGCGUGAAGCACAGCCAGCAAGGAUGCUUGAUCCUCGUCUACAGGCGUGCAAGAAUCCGCUUGGUCAUGAGUACUACUAUGAUAAAGAGGAAGGGUGUAUCGUCCAUGAGAAGAAGAUGUAUUCGGAAGCUUGCGGGGGUAUUUUAGCAGAGACCAUGGGUUGCGGCAAGACCCUGAUAUGCCUCGCGGUGAUAUUGGCGACACAGGGACAUUUCCCUCGCAUUCCGCUGCAGUACCAUCAGCAGAUUGAGAAUCCUGUCCAUGAGAAGACUGCCAGUCUCGUUGAAAUGGCGGCUGCGGCUGCAGGACGGUACUCUUUGCCGUGGAAAAGGUACUUUGACACUUUGAAAAGAGACGGCUUAUAUUACGAUCGGUGUGUCGAAGCAUGCGAAAAAAACCGUGGCAAUUACAUCAUUCCAUCAGCAGCAACAAGGCAGAAAGGCCGGAACGGUGUGCCAUAUCCGAGGCCACCGCCGCAGAAAAUUGGCCUUUGCUCAGGGACGUUGAUCGUCGUGCCACCUAACCUGGUCGAUCACUGGGGAAGUGAAAUAGCCAAACACACGGAAGGAUUGAAGGUGCGCGUUCUAAGAAACAGCUCCGACAAGACACCGUCAGUCGACGAAUUAUUGCAUUAUGAUAUCGUCCUCUUCUCGAGGAUCCGCCUUGAGAAAGAAGCUGGUGAACUGGUGCCCAAUCGCCGUGUUUCAGCGAAGUCAGAAGAUUCUCCAUUGACCAAGGUUCAUUGGCUGCGCAUUAUUGUCGACGAAGGCCACAAUGUUGCUGGACAUGGUCAACGGACUAACAUGGUGCACCUAUUAGAUCAACUCCAAGUCGAGCGCCGGUGGAUCGUGUCAGGAACGCCUUCCAGUGGAUUGUAUGGAGUUGAAAUCAGCUUAGCUUCGCGAGAGACGUAUAGUAACGAGAUUGAACUUUCCAACGCUACGAAUACCGCGCUUCGAGGUCGUAAAAUGACCGGGUCAGCGCUUGACAAUGAACUCAAGGACAUGGACAAGUUGCGCCAUAUUGUGGUAGAAUUUUUAGAUCUGAAGCCAUGGUCGAAUUCCCGGGCGAAUGACCCUGCAAAUUGGACCAAGUAUAUGAAACCGGUCGGUGAGGAUGGUAAACGUCGAAAAGCUCCGUCACUGCGAGCAACAUUACAGGGCCUCGUUGUACGGCACCGCAUGGAUACCAUCCACGUUGAGACGCCUCUUCCGCCGCUAUCUAAUAAGGUGAUCCAUCUAGAACCGACGUUCUAUGAUCAAUUGAGUCUGAACCUGUUCAUCGCCAUCCUGGGCGUCAAUGCGAUCACCUCAGAGCGGUCUGAUCAGGACUACAUGUUUCAUCCGCGUAACCGGAAGCAUCUCAGUCUUACUAUCAACAACUUCCGGCAAGCUGGAUUCUGGUGGUCUGGGUUUGACCAAAAGGAUAUCUCUGGGACGAUGGACGUUGCAAUACAAUAUUUGCAAAAGAAUAGAGAACGAAUGCCAAAGGAUGAUAUCGCUAUGAUGACCGAGGGUAUUCGAAUUGCACAGAUCGCCAUUUGCUGCGGAAGCCGGAGCGCGUUUCGACAAUACCAUGAACUGGGUGUCUUCGUGCAGGGUUUCCCGGCGCAUGCGCGCAGUCUUUGGGCUCUUGACCCAUCAACGGCGGAUACUGAGCCACUCUUGCUGGGAAUUUCGCAGGCGCGUCAGGCUCAGCAAUUUAUUACGUCUCGCUUGAGCGCAGAGGAUCCGGCUGAAGGUCUCGCUGGUGCGGGUAUCAAGGCACGUCGUGAACUUGCUGAACGGCAGAGCGACUCUGUGCCCAUGCCCACGAAGAUCAGUACACCUGUGACUUUGCCAAAGAAGAGCGGUGCGCCGGAUAAAAGUGCCAAGACGAGUUCGCCAAAGUUUUCCAAGGGCCUCCUCAAGUCCUUGCCAAAGGAUUCGCCCCUUACCCAGACGAAACUUGUUGCAACUGCAUCGGCCAAGUUGACGUAUCUUCUUGAUCGGGUUUUGGAGCUCCAGGAGAAGGAGAAGAUCAUCAUCUUCUACGACAAUAACAACAUAGCUUUUUGGAUAGCAGAAGGUCUGGAAAUGAUAGGCGUUGAUUUCCGGAUCUACGCCAAUACGCUCAAGCCUGCCCUCCGCACCUCAUACCUAGCCCUAUUCCGCGAAAACGAAGAAGUCCGCGUCCUCCUAAUGGACCUCCGCCAGGCAUCUCACGGCCUCCACCUCGCCAACGCAUCGCGCAUCUUUAUUGUAAACCCAAUCUGGCAACCCAAUGUGGAGAGUCAAGCAAUCAAGCGUGCCCAUCGGAUCGGACAAACCAGAGCUGUAUACGUCGAGACGCUCGUUUUGAAAGAUACACUAGAAGACAAGAUGCUUCGACGACGGAAGGAGAUGUCUGAUUCAGAGAUCCAGCAUGCGGAGAAGGAUUUGUUGGAUGACAACGCCAUGAGUACUAUUAUUCAGAAUGAGAAAUUCCUUCCGAUGUCUGAGAGUGACAAUGGGGACCAUAAUCCGUUUGCGCGAUUGGCGUUUCUAAGGAAUCCGGUUGGAUUUUUUGAUCGCCAUAAAUCGCCGGUGCUGGAUAAAUUUGAUUCCGGGAAAGGGAAGGGGCAACGGAUAGGUGAAGGCUCACUGUUCAAUACACCGCUACCAUCGCCGUCCAAGACGUCCGCGAGACGGAAACGCAAGAUAUUGAGGUUCGACAUGGACAGUGCGAAUGCAAGCCCAAAAGACAGAGAACAAAAUGAGCCGGAUCUCCUCACGCCUCAAAUUAAACGACGAAAGAACUCAGCAGCAGCAGAGGAAGCGGCGGGGUAUGUGAAUGGGAAUGGGCUUGUGAUGACGCCUUCGCGGAUGCCUCCACGUCGACCUCGCAAUAGCACUAAUGGAAGUGCGACGCCUCUUUCUACGUCUCCUCCUCUAUCCACCAUCACCAGUACUGCUACAUCUUUUCCUCCUUUCGCUCUUUUUUCGGGCCAGGAUGUACAGACGAAGGUAUCGGAUCCAGGGCGUUUGGGAUAA